AUGUCGAUAUUCACAAAUCCACUUUACAGGCCCGUGCUUGAGGCCGUCAGAUCGUCACGUAAUGGUAUAGUGUAUGGUGGUAAACUAAGGUUCUCCCAUGCUUUGGUUAUCAACUUGCUAUACCGCUCUGGACCCUUGGCCCCUCGUCUCAAGCAGGUCUUGAACGCAACCAAGCAGCACACCAUCGUUCUAGCCACCUUCGCCUUCAUAUACAAAACCUUGGUCAGCUUCUUGAAGCAAGACAAACUCAUGGGUGAUAAUAUUGGUCUCAUCAAGUUCGUUGCUGGUGCACUUGGCGGAUGGGUGGUAUACUCGCAGCAUUUUGGAGCCUUCAACCCCGGUAUCACCCAUCAGAUUACAUUAUACUGUUACUCGAGAGUGACUUUGGCGUUGGGCAAGAUUCUUUUGGAUCUUCUUUUGAAUUGUCGCCAACCAAGCUUGAGAAUUAGAGGCGAGGAUGUCUUGUGGAAGGAUUUGACAGAAACUCAGACCAAGCGCUUUAAGGCAAAGAUCUACAACAAGUCGUGGAAGUAUUUUGCCGUGCUUGUGUGGGCAUUCGUCAUGUUCAUUUACGACUACCACCCACAGUACUUACAGUCGUCUUUGAGACACUCUAUGGCGUACAUUUACGAUACUGAGAUGGACAGCUGGGCAAACUGGACACAAUUUUUUGGCCUCAACUAA